AUGCCGGCGCGGACUGUAUCGCCUGGUAGUGCGCGUUCAAACGGACUCAAGCACGGAAGCGCAAGCACUGGCGUGCUGAAUACUCUGAGCUUCACCGUGCAGGACCGCAGGCUGAACACGCGACUGCUGAACGAGACGCAGCGACGCAAAGCCCAACUGUUUGGAAUGACGAGACACGACGUUGCCCAUCAACUGCACCGAUACAACGUGCAGCCAUCCUUAGUAAUGGACGAGGGGCGUCGCGAUGGGCCCAGAGUGGGGAAGAGCGCAUCGCAUAACAGGUCGACUACCGCCACCAGCAAGGCAGCAUCUGGGGCUGUCGCAGACGCGAUCGGUGCCUCCAGCUCUCCCUCGGACAACCACUCAACAGCUGUGGCGUCCUCGUCUUUCGGCAGAGACGCCCACUCACGCUGGCAGGCGCAGGGCGCCUAUCCCUUGCACAAAAAAGAGGACACAGUUUACGCCAGGGUGAGCACGUCUACCUCACCCGACGAACACGACGAAGAGGUCGGUUCAGUGUUGCCGGUGCCGCCAACGGGGUUAUACGAGGAAUGGCUUUCAGCUGGUUGUCCGACUGGACCAUGGUCCGCGCUGUUACAGGAGAUGUACGGACUGUUGGAGGCGGAGCGGGCCUUUCUCACGACCAAGUACAACCCAAAGGUAAGGCCUCAGCCGUAG